GAAAGUCUUAGUGUUGUGGGUUGGGUUUUUUUUCCCCCCUCUUCUGUUUGGAUUUCUUUUUAAACUUAGGAAAAAUGGCAACAGCAGCAUAUGUGGAUCAUUUUGCAGCAGAGUGCCUUGUUUCUAUGUCCAGUCGUGCUAUUAUCCACAGUCCCAAAGGGGAGCCUGAUCCCCAACCUGAUGCAGCAAUACCUCCCUCAUCAAAUGGAGAAGAUAAGCGGGAAGUCAGAGAAACCGGGAAAGACAAUGGAUCAUCAUUACUUGUGGUAGCUAGCAUUUUAGCAGAUCUGAACCAGCAUGUCCCAAACUCAUCCGCUCUAAGGAUGGAAAAAACAGAGACCUUUGAUAUCACAGAACAAAUACACAUUUCCAUUGCUCCUAAAGAGUUUGGGGAAGAAAGUGUGUCUUCGGCUGGUAAGCGUGGAGGAGGAAGAGCAGCCACACCUACCAGCCUGGCUGCAGUAACUGAGCCAAGCCCCAGACAAAAGAACAAACGCACGAGAAGCUGGACUGACCCUGGAUCACCCCAGAAAAAGCACAAAUGCCACUAUGUGGGCUGUGAAAAAGUUUAUGGCAAAUCUUCCCAUCUUAAAGCUCAUCUAAGGACCCACACAGGUGAGCGGCCUUUUGAAUGCAACUGGCAAGAAUGUAACAAGAAGUUUGCUCGCUCCGAUGAGCUGGCCCGCCAUUACCGCACUCACACUGGAGAAAAGAAGUUCAGCUGUCCUCUCUGCGAGAAACGCUUCAUGCGCAGCGACCACCUGACAAAGCAUGCCCGUCGCCACACCAAUUUCCACCCAAGCAUGCUCAAGAGGCGAAGUGGAAGCAGCUCAAGAACAGGGUCUGUCAGUGACUACAGCCGCUCAGAUGCCUCAAGUCCGACGAUCAGUCCUGCCAGUUCCCCAUAGACCUACCUGCACUGGAUGUCAGCACUUUGCCUCUAGUACCUAACAUGGAGUUUUGUUUGUGUUGCACACAUUUAAAAAACUCUGUCGCUUCCCUGCCUCAGUUCCCCGCCCCACUUUUAAAAAAAAAAAAAAAAAAUCAUUAAAUAGCUGUCUCCCACUGCAAUUUCCAGUCUUUACCCAGCCACACAAGUGGCUAUGCUAACCUCAUGGACAGACAGACUUACAUGUUCCAUGUAGCGACUCCUGCUGUCUCGAUAUUUCAUACAUUUUGCAACCAUUUACAGAUCCUCUUGAUUAUUCUUUAUAAGAAAAUGAGAAAAUCUAAAACAGAAAAAACCCCACUUAAUUCACCUCAGGUGUCAAUGUAGUUUUGUAAGUCCGGAUUGCACAACAUGAGCAUACAUACACUUACAAAUCAAUUGUGUUGGAUUGUGUCCCCCUUCUCCUUUCUCAGGGAUGGAUAUUUAUGUUACACAAUAAUUACAAUGAAGACACACCCUAACCACAGCCUUACUCUGUAAAUAUAUUUGCACUCAGAAGCUUUUUGUUAGGUUCUUUCACACACUGGGGAAAAAAGAAAAAAAAACAAAACAAUACAAAAACCAAACCAGUACUGGAAUGUAGUACCAGACUCUUCCAUUGUUUGUUUUCCUGAUCAUAUACCUACAUUGGGGAGUGUCCAAACAGGAGUCUUGUCUUUCUUCAAGCUGCCCUCUGCUUUUGGUAGCAAGCAAGCUGUCUUUUCACUUCAUGCUGAAGAUGCUCCAAAACCAAAUUCCUAUUGCAGAAAUCUCUGUGAGGUUGAUAAACUUGUUUGUUUGUUUCAUGCUAGAUAAAAUGCUGAGAAAAAAUUCUAAACAAGAUGCCUUAAGUAAAUAACCUAAAUCAUGAGGAAACAUAUUUACACUGGGUAACAUUUUAUUGCAAGCUGGCAUGGAAUCUCGGAGGUAUUCUGUUGUCACUCUCUCCAAGUUUUUAAGCUCUCUGCACUGCCUGUUCAGUAUGGGACCAACAGGAUAUUCAAAUCAAACCACACUGACUUGAACUAUUUUCUUUAUUCUUUUUUCCUUUUAUGUUUUUUAAGGAACUAUGGAAAUAGCAUAGCUGAACCAAUGCCCAUCAAAACUUUUAUCAAGGUACUUACCUACUGUACAGCUGUAUCUGGCAAGACAAAUUGGCUAAGACAUAGUUUCUGUAUCCUGUUGCAUCACAAUCAUGGUUGCUGAUAAAAGGAAGUGAAAAUCAUAUGGUAUCUUUUGACUGGAAAAAUAAAAUAUGCAUUUUAAAGUUGUUAUAAAAUAAAAUGACAUUGUAGCUCAGCACUACUACAAGUUUCUCAAAAAUACAUGUGCCAGCAUAAAAUAAGGUGCUCUCACUUCUGAAUAGCUGUUUAAUAACAAAAAAAGAAUCUUGGCUACUUUUCAAUAACUUUCAAAUAUUUGACACUAGAUAGAGCACUAGGAGGUAGAUUUUUAUGUUUUAUAUGGUAGAAAAUAGAGCAAAAGAUCAGGAGCAUUGUGAUGCACUGGAGAUUUCAUUGGCAGCAAAUACACUUUCCUUGGUUUGGCUGGGUCUGAUGGUGCAUAUUAUAAAUUCAGGUCCUUUUGAUUCUGGAAUUUUGGGGGUUUUCUUGUUUUUGCUGUGGGGUAUAUGUGCAGUUAAGUGUAGCACGGGGAAAGAAAACUCUAUACACCAAACCUGCCUUUUGAUAUCAAGUGAAUGCCUCCACAUUCCAAAUGAACCUGUAUCUUAUUUGCUGCUUUGCAUUGAUCCAAUUUUGCAAGUUCUUAUUGUACUGUAUAUUAACUGUGAGAGGCUAGUAUAGAUUUCUAAGUAGUUUCAUAGGUACUUCCAUAGUAUUUACGUUAUUCCUAAUACUACGCAUUCUAUUAGUUGUAUGGAUAAAUACUUAAAGACACUUCAAAGUGCAGAUAUUUCAGUAUUUUUCCCCGUUCAUUCACUUCAGAUUUCACCUCUAUAAAAAUCACAAUUUUCUCCUUUUGAAGUGGAAGUCACAUGAGGCACAAUUCUACUGUCUCAUUUCAGAGAAAAUGAAAGAACAUCGUGAGGGCUUUUUUUCUGAAUUUGUGUGAUGAGUUGCCUAACCACUGUGAGUUAGAGGAAAGCCAGAUCUGUUUGCCUCCGUAGAUUUCCUCUUUUUUUUUUUUUUUUCUCAUCUACUGAGAUACACAAUUUUAACAACUUGAUACAAUUCAGGUAACAGGAAUUCACAUUCCAGUCAUUUCUGUGACUGCUAAAAGUGUUCUUGUGCUGUAGUUAGUAGAGGCAUUUAAAGGAAUUCUACAGGUCAGCUGUGUCUUGUGCACAUACUUCAAAACAAGUCAUAAGCACAUUUCCCAUUAUCAUUAUACCUUAAUGAGGGAUGGGGGGAGGGAACCAAAAUCAAAAGGAGAACUAAGUAUCAGCAAAAAUCAUAGACUUCAUGUUCUAAGCUCAGUUUGUUGGAAAAUCAUCUUUUCCAACAAGAGCAUCCUUUAAUCUUUAGCAAAGGAGGAACUACUCCAAUCCAUUUAUUUAGGGCAUAACAAUUCAGCAUGAAUCAGUAGGUGCAUUACAAGCUAGUUGUUUUAAUAGCCUGGAGAAAGAAUAUUCACACCAGGUUUUAUUAGUACUGAGAUUAUGGGGCAACCUAUUCUAGGUGACAAUAACUAUGUAAUCUUUAUCUCAAAGAGUAAAUUAAGCAUUUUACAUAUAUUCCUCAUAGAUUACUAACAAUUCUCCAAGGUUAAACAGAAAAAAAAUUGGUUCAAAGUCAAAUUUCCAGUUCAGCCAGUUCAUCUAAUGAGAAAGCUAUGAGACUAUAUAUAGCCAACAAAGCUACACUUUCAGGAAAUUCUCUGAAAUUUGUUGUUAUAACUUUUUUUCUUUUUUUUUUUUUUUUUUACAUCUUAGCUGUAAAUACCUCAGCAUGUGUUA